AAUCUUGUAUAUAUAUUUUAUUAUUUAUUUCCGCUCUUGAAACUGAAGGAGGGGAGGGAAGGGCAUUUGAUGGAUUUUUUUCGGACUCAAUUGUUUCGAAGAUAACAGAAGUCGAUCGCCCCAGUAUAUAAGCAGCUCGAGCAAUGCUUGCAGAGUAUAUCAACUUUCGAUUUCAAAGCUAAAGCAUCUUGCUCUCUGCUUGGAUUAAGGCAUUCAACAUGAAAUUCAUGAUUGCUUUUGUUGCCCUCUUGGCCUGUGUUGCCGCUGUCCCAAGUGGCCAUGGAAGUCUUGUAAUUCAUCAUGCUCCAAGCCAUCAUGGUUAUGGACAUCAUGGAGGAUAUGGAGGACAUGGAGUAAGCACCCGAUACGAUGUUAGAGGACAUGGUUACGGUUAUUCUGGAGUUGGACAUGGACAUGGUUUGGGAUAUGCUGGCCAUGGUUAUGGACAUGGACUGGCUGGUCAUGGAUAUGGACUCGGCGGCCACGGUCUUGAAGGACACGGAUAUGGUCUUGGAGGACACGGAUAUGGUCUUGGAGGACACGGAUACGGUCUUGGAGGACACGGAUACGGUCUUGGAGGACACGGAUACGGUCUUGGAGGACAUGGAUACGGUCUUGGAGGACAUGGAUUAGCUUUAGGUCAUGGAUAUGGUUUGGCCCAUGGAUAUGGAUUGGGACAUCAUUAAAACUUUAAAAGUGUAGAAAAAUAAGCUAUGUGUCAAACCUAAGCGGCAGGUGAUAUGUGAUGUUGUAAAUUCAUUUGAUGUACAGUCGAUUUUGUUAACGGAACGUUCAAUAAAAAGAUUAUUUAUGCUUUAAA